CCUAAAUGACUUUUGCAAAUCAGGAAAGCCUAAACAGAAAACCAAGCUUUCGAAAUUUUUGUAAUAUUCUUUUUGACAAUUUGGGGCGUUCAUUCCAAGUCGAGCUGUUCUUCUUCUUUUCGGCUGCUCUCUCUGCAGUUUUGGUUCUCUAUUUCUAGGGUUUAAGAACUUUUUAAAAAGUCUAUACGAUCUCCGGUUUUGUUUUUUUUGAACAUGACGACCAUGGAGAGCUUGAUAGGCUUGGUUAAUCGGAUUCAGAGAGCUUGUACCGUGCUCGGAGACUAUGGAGGUGGGGAUAAUGCUUUCUCUUCUCUGUGGGAAGCUCUUCCCUCUGUUGCCGUCGUUGGUGGACAGAGUUCGGGAAAAUCUUCUGUCUUAGAGAGCAUAGUAGGUCGAGACUUUCUUCCUAGAGGUUCAGGGAUUGUUACAAGGAGACCUUUGGUCUUGCAGCUUCAUAAGACUGAGGAGGGAUCACAGGAGUAUGCUGAGUUUCUUCAUCUUCCUAAGAGGCGUUUCACUGAUUUUGAAUGUUUAUUUUGCUUAUGCAGCCCUGGUACGCAAGGAGAUUCAGGAUGAAACUGAUAGAAUGACAGGAAAAACAAAACAAAUUUCUCCUGUUCCUAUUCAUCUCAGCAUCUAUUCUCCAAACGUUGUCAACUUAACUCUGAUUGAUUUGCCUGGCUUAACGAAAGUUGCUGUUGAGGGACAGCCUGAGAGUAUUGUUCAAGACAUUGAGACCAUGGUCCGCUCUUAUGUUGAAAAGCCAAAUUGUGUAAUACUUGCUAUAUCUCCAGCAAACCAAGAUAUAGCAACAUCCGAUGCUAUAAAACUUUCCAGGGAAGUAGAUCCCUCAGGUGAACGGACUUUUGGCGUCCUGACAAAGUUGGAUUUGAUGGACAAAGGAACUAAUGCAUUAGAUGUUCUUGAAGGAAGAUCAUACCGGCUGCAGCAUCCUUGGGUUGGGAUUGUUAACCGCUCGCAAGCAGAUAUUAACAAAAAUGUAGAUAUGAUUGUUGCAAGGCGCAAGGAGCGCGAGUAUUUUGCAACCAGUCCUGAUUAUGGGCAUUUAGCCAAUAAAAUGGGUUCAGAAUAUCUUGCAAAACUUCUCUCAAAGCACUUGGAGUCGGUAAUUAGGGCUCGAAUUCCAAGCAUCACAUCCUUGAUAAACAAAAGCAUUGAGGAACUUGAAUCAGAGAUGGACCACCUUGGUAGGCCUGUAGCUGUUGAUGCUGGGGCACAACUGUAUACUAUCUUGGAACUUUGCCGUGCAUUUGAUAGGAUAUUCAAGGAGCACCUGGAUGGAGGUCGACCUGGAGGUGAUCGGAUUUAUGGAGUCUUUGACAAUCAGCUCCCUGCUGCUUUGAGGAAGCUUCCAUUUGAUCGACAUCUUUCUCUGCAAAAUGUGAGGAGAGUAGUUUCAGAGGCAGAUGGUUAUCAACCACACCUGAUUGCCCCAGAGCAAGGUUACAGGCGCCUUAUUGAAGGAGCACUGAAUUAUUUUAGGGGUCCAGCUGAAGCUUCUGUGGAUGCUGUCCACUUUGUCUUAAAAGAGCUUGUAAGAAAAUCAAUAGGAGAAACACAGGAAUUGAAGCGUUUUCCUACCCUGCAAGCUGAAAUAGCUGCUGCAUCAAAUGAGGCCUUGGAGAGGUUCCGCGAGGAUAGUAAGAAGACAGUUAUUCGAUUAGUGGACAUGGAAUCUUCAUAUCUGACCGUGGAGUUCUUUCGAAGGCUUCCCCAGGAAGUGGAGAAAGGUGGAAAUCCAGCAGGAAAUCCAGCUUCCGUAACUGUGGACCGAUAUACAGAGGGACACUUUAGGAGGAUUGGGUCAAACGUAUCCUCUUAUAUUAACAUGGUGUCUGAAACACUCAAGAAUACAAUUCCUAAGGCUGUGGUUUAUUGCCAAGUUAGGGAGGCCAAACAAUCAUUGUUAAAUCACUUCUAUACACAAAUAGGGAGAAAAGAGGCUAAGCAGCUUUCACAAUUGUUGGAUGAAGACCCAGCAUUGAUGGAAAGGAGACAACAGUGUGCGAAAAGGCUUGAAUUAUACAAGUCCGCUAGGGACGAGAUUGAUUCUGUAUCAUGGGCUCGCUAAGUUUCUUUGUAGUUUGUAUUAUUGAUGGUCAGUAAAAAAAAUUGCUAUGCCUCUUGAGGGUUGUUUUUUUCUUUUUUUUUCCUUUUCAUCUCUCUUGCAUUGUUUGUUGCGGGUUGUUUUUGGUGUUUGGAGCUUGCUCAUUACGUUGGAUUUUAUGUAGUUUGAUGUAUGGCUUUUACCCGUGGAAAUCGCGUAGGCUUCCCAUGUAUUAUUAUGAUAUAAUAUAAUAUAUUAAAUCCCUGGAACAUUAUGCA